AUACAUUUAACUAACCUCAAAAACGUAAACUGACAAAAAAUUUAUUUAUUGUUUAUUUAUUUUAAAUACUAUGAAUAGGCAGGAGACAAUGGAUGAAUUAGAAAAACUAGAAUAUCUUUCAUUGGUUUCCAAAGUCUGCACAGAGCUAGAAAAUCAUUUGGGUUUGAACGACAAAGAUGUUGCUGAAUUCAUCAUACAUCUAUCUGAGGAGCAUGAAACAUUUCCUGCUUUCAAAAAGGCCCUCACGGAAAUUGAGGCAGAAUUCUCAGACUCCUUAUUAAAGAACCUCCUCCGAAUAAUUCAACACAUGAGACCGAAAAAAAAGAAAUCUUCGUUAGGGCCUCCUGAUUCCUUAGAAAAAGAGGAAUUAGCAGAAAAAUUUCCAGGUUUAGCUUUGCCCAACAGUGAUCCUAUUGGAACAGAUGUACUGGAGGUGGGAGAAAAUGAAUCUAAAGAAGAUGAAAAUGUUGUUGCUCAUUUGAUGGCUUUCUUCGAGGAAGAUGCUCCUUCUAAUAAAAUAGAUAAAAAUGGAGAUACCAAGGGUAGCACAGAUAAAAUGGAGUGUAAGUCUCAUUCAAAACUUAGAGAUUCAAAGAGAAAAAGAUCAAGGUCUAGUAAUAGGAGGUCCAGAUCAAAAGAAAAGAAGAGGAGGUCUAGAUCAAAAGAAAAGAAGAGGAGGUCUAGGUCUAGAGAUAAGCGAUCAAGAUCAAGGGGGAGGAGAUCUAGAUCUAAAGGAGAAAGAUCAAGGUCUAGAGGAAGGAGAUCAAGGUUGUUAUUUCUACAAGUGGAAAGAGUGGACAGGGAUAGAAAUCCUGAUCGACCUUUAAAUAACAGUACGUCUGUUUUAAGACUGCCUGUAGGAAUUGAUGAAGGGGAAGAGGACUCUAGAAAACGUGUGACCAGAAUCUCUAGUCCUGAACCAGGUCAAGAAUUUUUUCCAAUUCUGUAUUCAUGA